CGAACCCUCUCCGCCAGCCAAGUGGUCACAGGGUGAGAUGCAGCCGCAGCACAUCCCCAGUAAGCAGCCUUCAUCCACCGGCACAUUGGUCUCGAUGUAUGUGUGUUUGUCUGUGUGCCAUUCAGGCGACUCCACGGCAGUGAGCGGAGUGAGCGGGUCGGGCGGCGCCAUGACGCCCAGCCGAGAGGGCGAGGAGGUCAGGGCGGCCGCUGAGGCCGACGGUGACGACUGGGGAGCCAAACCGACGGCAAACAAGACUGCAGCGGACCGAGAUCAGCAGCGGGGGCAGCAACACGCACACACAGAUGCGGCCGCAGAAGGGCGACAGAAUGGUACGGAACACACCUGCACACACUGUGGGCGUCGGGCUCUCUAUGCCGCGAGUGUCUGCAGUGAGAAGCUGAGAGAUCCCUCCCUCUGUGUGUGUGUGUGUGUGUGUGCGUCAGGUGUUGGCUCCGGGACGCCCAAUGGCUCACCGUCAGCAUCUGGCGCAGAGCCUGUUAGGAAGCGUAAGCAGCCGCAGACACACUGCUGACUGAGAAACACAACACAGAACAGAACAGAAUUGCGUUCUCUCCUUUGCUGGCCGUCGGCUUCAGCCCGGAAGUGUUUGGACAUCUCGGGUCUCGAGGCGGCCUGUGUGGGUCGGGAGGUCAUAGAGGAGUGGGACGACACCGAGGGCGACGCCAACAGCGGGGCGGGCAUCAUCAAGUACGUCAUGGUGGGGGGGUCUCGCGGGGGGCGCUCUGAGGGCGAAGGGCCGGUCGAUGUGGGCUGGAAGGUCCAUGUGGUCGAGGAGUGGUACAACUGCCUUGGUCAGACACACACAGACAGACAGACAGACAGACAGACAGAGGGAGGAGAGCUCUGUGUGUCUGUGUGUGUGCAGGCCGUCUGUAUACUCAAGACGCCCCGUCGGGCCGCAAGUUGCGCAUCGGGUCGGGCGGCAAGGCGGACUGCAGCUACUCGAUCGCCAUCCUCGACAGCAUGACCACCGGGGAAACCGCCGUCUUCAAGGUGACUCACACGACAGACCACACACCACACCAGUGGGCAUGUCCGUUGUGUCACUGUGUGUGCAGGUCAACCACGCCAACCACCCCCUGCAGCGGUCGGGCGGGUCGGCGGGACCGUGCCGCAUCUUCCCCUACCAGCACCUGUGGAUCAAGAUCACCGUACUCUCUAUGGAGCCGCCAAAGGCCAAGAAACACACAACCGACUUCGCCGACUUCGCUGAAGAGUGCGCCAAACACCUCACCGAGGUCAGAGGGAGAGGGAGAGACACAUGGGCUUCGACGUGUCAGCACGGCUGUCAUUGUCCUUUGUGUGUGGUUUGUGUGGUUUGUGUGGUUUGUGUGGUUUGUGUGGUCAGGGGAGUCGUCUGUUGGGUGAGGGUAAGUACGGCCAGUGCGUCACGGCCUACAACAAAGUGCUGGGACAGAAACCGAGCCAAGCGGGUCAGCCGGCCUCUCUGCCUCCCUCUCUGACGCACACAGUCGUAUGUGUGUGGGGUGCAGUGCUCAACAGCUGGGCGGCCGACGAGCAGUCAAAGGCGUUGGACUUCUUCAAGCGAGCCAGACUCAAUCAGGCCCUGGUCAGCUCCACAAAUGGGCCUUCCCCCGUCGCCGUGUGCACACCCAACUGUGGCUAUGAUGUGUGUGUGGUGCAGGGGUAUCUGAAGCGCGUAGCCGACAGCGACGCCAAGGCGGCCUUCGAGCUCGCCAACAAGACCAUCGACCUCUGCACUGCCGUCAUCAAAGGUGGGCCGAUGCAAUGCACCAAAACACGAGACACUCACACGGCUGUGUGUGUUUGUGUCCGUCAGACCACCCCGAUGAAGCCAAGGCCUACUUCCGCCGCGCCAAGGCAUUCCUGCACACCGUACGACCACACAGACAGAGAGAGGCGUCCCCUCAAUCGCCUCAUGUCGUCUGUCUGUAUGUGUGUGUGCAGAAGAACUACCAGCCCGCCCUGAGUGACCUGCAGCGCGCCCACAGCCUGGUGCCGGCAGACCAGCUCAUCGUCCAGGAGUACAACGCCGCACGACAGACUUACCUGUGAGCUCACAGUCAUCGCACCACCUCGCACAGAAAUCUGUCUCUCCGUCACUGUGUCUGUCUGCGGAUGUCUGUUAGGGCCGUUGUCGCGGAGCGCAAAGCCGAGAGUGAGGCCAAUCGGGAGAGGCGGCAGAGGCGGGUCGAACAGAUCAUGGCGCGCGAGAGGCACCAACAGGUACGCUCACACCAACCGACUGAGAAAGUCACUGCGAUGGCUUCUUUGCCUGUCUGUCUGCCACACAAUGGUGCAGGAGUUGGCUGAGCGGCAGAGGCGGGAGGAGGAGGCCAUUCGCCGACAGCGGGACGAGUGAGCCACACAGAAUCCAUUGGCCGCCCCCCUUCCCUCAGUCUGCGUGUGUGACUCUCCACUGUGGGUGGCGCAGGGAGGAGGAUCUUGAGCGCCAGGCCGCCCGGGAGAAAGCCAAAGCCGACGGAACGUAAGAGUGCACAGCUGUGGGGGUGGGGAUGGACUGUCUGUCUGUCUGGGUCGAUACUGUCCUUGGCUGCCCGUGUGUGUGGGUCGUCAUGGCCGCAUCGGUGCGGCAGCAUUGGUAUGGAUGGCGUGUGUGGUGACGACAGGUCCUUCACACACGUCGGCCGGCUCGAGGAGAUGCUGGGCUGCACCGCCGAACAGCUCAUCGGCCACGGCGGCUCAGGUGAGGCCCUUCGGCCACCCAACAGACAACACACACAUCGUCACACACACACACAAAUGGCUGCUGUCAGGUUUAUCCGAGAAUGAUGACUUAGAUCUCGAUGGUGACGAUGAGUGGCAGGCGGGACCACACGAACGAGAGAACGGCGCGGGGGCGGGCGGCGGAGAGGGGGAGGGGGAGGCGGGCAGCAUGGAGGCCCUCGACUGA